ACACAUUCCCAGCGUGCGUGCGUGGUAGUAACGGGGCGAAACUACAGUAUUCAUCCCGGGAUGCACAUCAGACUAUCAUCGCUUUAAACCUCAGCUUCAGCUGAAAGUAGCCGUCCAGACUGAAGGACCGCGAAGACUCCUUUAGAAGUCACACGCGGAGACUUAUUUUCAAGCAUAACCCACAGAAAACAACAGUGUCCAGCGGUGUUGUGAUGUCCCCUGCAGUCUCGAGACUUAGACAGCCACACCACCGUAAGAAGCACUAUCCUAGUAGCACCUACCAUACAGCAAUCUGACAGAGAAUUACAUUAGAGAGAGGCGGGAAAAAGCCUUGAGAGAGAAUACCAAAACCUGAGACAUAAAUCCGCAUCGUGUGAGACAGAAAGAGAGUUUGUAGUAUGUCUGGUCCGGAGCACGGUGGUGGAGGUUGUGGUUUAGUCGGUGCAGGACAAGAAGCAGAGGCAGAUGGAGAGCCUCCAUCACAUGGUGACGUUUCACCAGCCCAAAGGGAAGGGGAGGAAGAAGAACACCCCCCUGCUGCCAAACAGCCACGCCUAAGUAAUGAGGGAGAGAUUUCCGGUCCUCUUGUGAUUAACGCAUCAGGUGUACAGACUGAUGUUUGCCAGGAACAGACCGCUGUGAUCCAAAAUGAAGUGUCCGGUCAGACAAAUAACCUGGAGGAAAGAAACGGAGAGACAGAGGGAGACGGAGGGGUAAACUGGCAGCAGAAGGAAGAAGAGAAAGAAGAUAAAGAUGGAGGAGAGGAAGAGAAGGGUGAGCUGCAUGAGAGCAACGGAUCAGAACGCAGCCCCGGUGAAGGGCAGCACCUGGGACUUGAUUUCACUCAAACCCCCCAAAUGCUCACUGGCUCCUGGACAGAAUACACCAACACAUCUGAGAACUUUCUCAAGGGCUGCAAAUGGGCUCCAGACGGUUCCUGCGUGUUGUCUAACAGCGCGGACAACAUUCUGAGACUGUGCAAUCUUCCUCCGGAGCUCUACAGCAACAGCUGGGACCUCCUGUCAGAGAUGAGUCCAGUACUGAAGAUGGCAGAGGGAGACACCAUCUAUGAUUACUGCUGGUUCCCUAAGAUGAGCUCCUUAGACCCAGACACCUGCUUCAUAGCCAGCAGCAGCCGCGACAACCCGGUUCACAUUUGGGACGCCUUUUACGGGGACCUGCGAGCCUCCUUUCGACCCUACAACCACCUGGACGAGCUGACGGCGGCACACUCCCUCUGCUUCUCGCCCGACGGCUCCCGCCUCUACUGCGGCUUCGACAAGACCGUCAGGGUCUUCUACACCGACAGGCCGGGAAGGGACUGCGAGGAGAGGCCCACUGUCGUGAAGAAGCAGGGUCAGGGUGGUAUAGUCUCCUGUAUGGCGUUCAGCCCGUGUCAGUCCAUGUACGCGUGCGGCUCCUACUCCCGCACCGCCGCCCUUUACUCCUGUCAGGAUGGCUGUCUCCUCGCCCUCCUGCCAGCGCGCCACCGCGGGGGCCUCACCCACCUCCUCUUCUCGCCCGACGGGCGCCGCCUUUACACCGGCAGCCGCAAGGAUCCAGAGAUUCUGUGCUGGGACCUGAGAGACCCAGGUCGGGUCCUGUUCUCCUUACAGAGGAAUGUGACGACAAACCAGCGGAUCUACUUUGACCUGGACCCGUCUGGUCGGUACUUGCUGAGUGGUGGCACUGAGGGAGUUGUGUCCGUGUGGGACACACUCACAGCGCCUCCUGAUGGUAACGAGGAGGUACUGCAGCCUCAGCUCCAGUUUCAGGCACACAGAGACUGCACUAAUGGCAUCAGCGUUCACCCGUUCAUGCCGUUACUGGCGACGGCCAGCGGUCAGCGUCAGUUCUGCUGGCCCAGCGACGGGAGCUCGGGCUCGGAUUCGGACGAGGAGCGGGUGAUGUCAUCAGAGAGCGUGAGGCAGGACAACGCCCUGGUGCUCUGGUGGGCCGGCCCUCUGGGCGCUACCUCCGAGAGGGGGCAACGGGAUAGCCAAACCGCGCUAGAGAGCUAAAGCAAAAGAAAAACCUCCCUUUGGACCGAACCAAAACUUUCCCGCUGCCAGUUUUUAGAAUGUUUUUGACGACUGUGUGAAGCG